AUGCUAUACAUGCCAGCAACCACAUUAGCGACACCAUUAGUCCUGCAAGAAACUAAAACAGUGCCAUUUUUACCGCAGUAUUAUAUGGUACCAACAACAACAACAACAACAACAACAAUGAUUCCGACAGCAUCAUUUCUUAAUACAACAUUUGCUUAUCCAACUUACGGCAUAUUGACUAAAACAAUUGAAAAACCUCCAACUGUUGAAGUUAAACAACCUCCUCAACAGAUUAUACACCAUUAUCCAUCAUCAUGCUCUACAAAUCAUUAUAGUGAUUGUUGCGACUUAUGCUGUCCAUGGAAAGAUCAAUCGCCUAAUUCUUCUAAUCAACGAUCACGGUCGCGAUCACAAUCACAAUCACGAUCUCGAUCUCGAUCACAUUCUCCGCCGACAUGUGACCAAGAACGUUAUUCUCGUUGUGAUCAAUACGAUGGAUCGAAAUGUAAUCCUAAUGUUGAAACUGUCGAUGAAAAAAUCGCACGUAUUCGACGUGAACUACAUUUAAAUUCAGCAUCUAGACAUGACAAAUCAACAGAAACCAUCGAUUAUUAUCAUCGACGACCAUCACCACCACCACCAAUAACUCUAGAACAACGUAUACCCUACAAACAACAUUACGAUGCACCAAAGCCACGUCGACGCAGUACAUCAUCAAACAGAGCAUCAUCGUUACCACGUGAACCAUGGCGUUCAUCAAAUCAAAAUGAUUAUGCAUGGCGAGAUGCUCAUAUGCCUGCUUAUCGUGCAGCUACAUUAAAUCGUUCACAAACAUCACUUAAUGAAUCUCACCAAUCGCAUGAAACAGCCCAUCAACGUAGCCAUUUAAAUGCAGAACAUCGAUCGACAACUAAUUGUAAUAAUAAUUAUGUCUACCGGCCAAAGUCUGAAGUUGAAACUCGUAAAUAUUACAUACAAACAACAGGUAAAAAUCCUGAUCAUGAAGUCUGUCAAGCCUUACAUCCUAAAACAGCGACAUAUUAUUCUACUGGAUCCUGCUAUGAUACACAAUCACAUACUAAAACUCAUUCAUUCUAUUCGGAGGUUCCAAAAACAACAUAUGCACCGAAACUAGUUGAUUUAACACCAUCUCAUAAUUCAUAUACAAGCAAUGAUCAAUGUAUACAUAUUGUACCAAAAAAUGGUAGUACAUUAGAUCCACCCUACUUAAAAAUUUAUAACGCACCUGUUACAUAUCUUCAUUAA